GGCGUGUUGGGGCCGGGAGGUUGGGGGUGAACGCCGGCAAGCAGGGGAGGGGUUUGGAAGAGUUGAUGUCUCAACCUUUGUAGUUAUUUACAAGACAAGCGGCAGUGCCCUCUUAAGUAACGGCAGGUCAGUGAAUUGUUAAAUGAAGAGGUUGGCUGGGUGGAAGGAAAUUCCAGGGAUCAUCUACUGAAUCACUGAUUCUGGUCCGCCAUGGAACACGGCAGCGUCGAGGAAUGCGUCGAGGAGUGGAGCACGCUCAGCGACGAGUACAAGUCGCUGGAGGCCGUGCACAAGGAGUACCUGGAGCGACUGCAGGACGUCAGCCAGCUGCAGGCCAAGUGCGUCAAGAGCAUCAGCCACCAGCGCUACCGGCUGGGCAUCAUCAACAAGUCCGCUAAGGGGCUUCCCCGCGAUGACCCGGAAGUGCAGAUCAAGGUCAGCGACCUGGAGAAGGAUAUCCUGCGGCGGAAGGCGCAGCUCUACCAGAUGGAGAACUAUCUGCCGCAGGAGAACGACGUCUACCUGAAGAUCAUUCUAGGCUGCGUUAACGUCUCCAUAUUGAAUAAGAAUGACCGGUUCAAGUACAAGGACGAAUACGAAAAGUUUAAGCUAGUGAUGAACGCCAUCUCUAUGGCUAUUGCCCUGACGUGUCUGUUUUGGCAAAAUCGGAUCCUGGACCUGGUGUUCAUGUUCAUGCUGGUGUGGUACUACUGCACACUCACCAUCCGCGAGUCGAUCCUGCGGGUGAACGGCUCGCGCAUCAAGGGCUGGUACCGGGCCCACCACUUCAUCUCCUGCGUGCUGUCCGCCAUCCUGCUGGUCUGGCCGGUCGGCCCCGUCUACUACACGUUCCGCUACCAGUUCAACCUGUUCAACGUCUACAUAUCUUCGGUGCAAUACCUGCAGUUUAUGUACCAGCGCGGCUGCCUGUACCGGCUAAAGGCGCUGGGCGAGCGCCGCGACAUGGACAUCACGAUAGAGGGCUUUCACUCGUGGAUGUGGAAGGGACUCACGUUCCUGCUGCCGUUCCUCUACAUCGGCUACGCGUUCGAGUUCUACAACGCGUUCACCCUGCAUCAGCUCAGCUCACACCCGGAGGCCACGUGGCAGGUGUUGGCGCUGAGCAUCCUCUUCCUGGUGCUGGCCGUCGGCAACACCAUCACCACGUCGCUGGUGAUCCGGCAGAAGCUCAAGGAGGACUGGAAGCUCAAGUACCGCUUCACGCGGCUCGACAAGCACGUGUGGUCGCACAAGAGCCGGAGCCGGUGCGCCUCUGCUCGCCAGGCGGACGACACGCCGGGCACGGGUGGGCAAGAGGAACUGGGCAGCGGAGACUCAGCCGAGUCGCUCGCCAGCAGUCACUCGGAGGAGGGCGGCGGCGGCGAGCCCUCCAAGAAGGACGACUAGCGCUGGCUGCAGCACGCGUCCCCCUCCCCCCACCCCCACCCCGCCACCCCUCCCUCUCGGUGUGUCUCUGUGUGGCGUUCAAAACGCCGUCUGUUCGUGACUCUUUCGAGCCGGUGCGACAUAGUCAUUGUUACGUAUUAAUGGUGUUCGCAGAAGCACAGACUCUGUAGCUGGGUACUUCGUCAACUGCGCCUGGAAUCAGUAGAAGAAAAUAAAUUAUUUGCGCAGUGUAGUCUGAUCAGAGUACGGAGAAUGGAGCUGUGUUGAUCACCCUGUACUAUGAUUACGGCUCAGGCGAUUGUAGUUCCGACUGGGGCAGAUACUAUGCAGCAUUCAGUGGGAGAAGGUAGAAAAUGUUGAUUUCAGCUGCGAUGGUUUGGGUUCGAGACUCGCUAGGCGCCGCCAACUGUGUGUUUGUUUUCUGAAAUGAAAUCGGCACGAGAGAUGGCGUCGAUUCUGACAGAUGCACCCAUCUACCCGUACAUACCGCUUCAAUGCCGAAACGUUUAUGCUAUGCUUCGUGUUUAACGUAGCCUAACAUUGCACGAGCAUGAACCCUCACGCCAAUACAGAUCAGUACAGGAUG